ACAAAAACAAAGCUAUUUAUUUUUUUCUGUAAAUUAACUCGAUAGUCUUAAAGUGUGACUUUUAAGAAGCCUUGUAACACUUAGAAGAAGAAUUCUUAUGAAAGCUUUUACCGAGAUGCUAACGACUGGCCACCACAUGUAGUGAGAUAAUAGCAGACCACUGAGAGCCUUCAAAAAUGGUUCGCUUUGCACGUGCUGAUGGCUCAAAAGGCUCAAAUAAACGUGUAUUGGAAGAAGCAACACCGUGGUCAGAUAUAGUUGCACAGCGAAAUGACACAGUUGAAAAAGUUAGUGAAGAGAAGAAACCCAAGAAAAGGAAGAAACAAAAUCUGAAAGAUGGAGAAAGUACAUUUAUUACUGAAGCAAAAGAAGAUGAUAAAGAUAAGAAGCAACUAAAAAUUACAGACAAUGAGAAGUUGGACAUAACUGUACAAGGAGAGAAAGAAAAUGAAGUUAUGCAGGCAGUAACCAGUACAAGUGAAGCAGGAAAGAAGAAGAAGAAGAAGAAGAAAGACAAAAAGAAUGUGACUGAAUUAAAGCAGGAAUUUACUAUCAAUUCAGAGGGUCAGCGGGUAAAGGUUUUUAAGAAUGGGAUAGAGAGACCUUGGAUUGAUCUUCCCUAUGAAGACAAUGAGAGAAUGACUCGAUAUGAUAAUAUGUGGGUCAAACGGGAAAUGGUAGAGAAAUUGGACCAGCUUAAAGCAAGUUUGAAAGAAGGAAACCAUGGUGAACAAGAGGUAAUGAGAAAACUGAUGAAAGCAAAAAGGAAAGCCCACAGGGCGCUGAGGAUUGAAUUGAUGUAUGAACAGAAGAAGUUAAUAAGUGAUGAGAAGCAAGUGAAUACUCGAGAUAAAAGUAUAACUAAAAAAUUGCAGAAAGCAAAUAAGAAAGUAAGGAAAAGUAAAAAAAAGAGCAUCAAAGAUGAGAAUGAUCAAGUAUUUAUUGAUAAUGAUGAGAAUGUCAAGAAAGAAGAUCCCAGUGAGAAGGCACCAAAUUUAGUUGGUGAUGAUUUCACAGGAAGGUUGGGUGAGGGAAAGGAAGAUUGUGAGAGUAAAGGCGAUGUUAGUGUUACAAAAUGUUUUGAGCAAAGAUACACUCCCAAAAGAAAUAAAAAAAUGAAGCUCAGAAAUUGGGGAACAGGUGCAAACAGCAUCAAGUUAGAAAAUUGUGUUCUUGGUAACCUUAAUCUUCAGAAUGAGAAUCAAACUGUUCCUCGCAUCUCUGAAGGAAAUCCCCGUGCCUCGGAAGAAAAUCCUCUGGCCUUGGAAGAAAAUCCUCUGGCCUCGGAAGAAAAUCCUCAUGUCUCUGAAGAAAAUCCUCGCACCUCUGAAGAAAAUCCUCAAGUCUCUGAAGAAAAUCCUCUUGUUUUUGAAGAAAAUGACGUGAUGACUCAGUUUGAUGGCUUUUGGGUGAAGCGGGAAGCAGUUGAGAGACUCACUUCUGUGAAAACAGAGAAAUUGAAAAGUAUAUAUUCUGCAAGAACAGAUGGAAAUGAGAUAGAAGAGCUAACAAGAGAGGAACAAAUAACAUUUCAGCGAGCCAUGAAAAAGGAAAAGCUAUUUGAGAAUCGAAAAUUGUUGAAAGAACUGAGGGGACGUAGAAUGGGAGGAUUAAGGAAGUCCCCUUAUGUAUUUAAGUUCAUGGGUGGAAGUGAUAGUAAUCAUAGCCAUUCAGUGAAGGACAAUAGUAAUCAUAGCCAUUCAGUGAAGGACAACAGCAGCUCAAAACCUACUGACAGUGAAGUUGUCAAAUUUGAUGGUUUCUGGGUCAAGAAGGAAUCAGCAUCCAGGCUUCAUAAGCUAAGAGCACAGCUAACUUCAGAAGGUGUAUCUGAGGAAGAGUUGCAGAUGAUUCUACGAAAAGAGCGCCGCAAAGAGGAACGAUUUUUGAAAAAUGAAAGGAAAUUGCUGUGCUUGAAAUGUCGCAAACCAGGUCAUAUGGUCUCUGCUUGUCCAGAAGUAUCAGAAGACACAAAGGAAGGGCAGUUAGCUAUUUGCUAUACAUGUGGAUCAACAGAGCACACAUCUCGAGAAUGCUCAGUGAAACGGAAAGGUUCGGUCUAUCCCCAUGCAAAGUGCUUCAUCUGCGGAGAUAUGGGACACAUAUCCCGAGAGUGCCCUGACAAUCCCCGAGGACUCUACCCAAAUGGAGGGGCUUGCAGAGGUUGUGGAUCAGUAGAACAUUUUGUGAAAGAUUGUCCAGACUUGCAGAAGGAACAUGAAGAAUCAAACAUCAAGAUGAACCGAAUAGAUGGAACAGCUAUAGAAGCUUUGGAUUUUGAGGAGCCAGAUACUGAAAUGGGUGGUAAGGUAUCAGUAGACAAGACAAAUAAUUGUAAAGUCGUGAAAUUUUAAUAUAAAUAUAUCAUCUUUGUAUACUGUACAGUAUUUCUUUGGAGACCUGGAUGAUAAAUGGAGCUUGUAGCUAGGUAGUUCAUGUAAUAUGUACACAGUGCCUUUGGGCUGGGCACCGUGGCAUUGGCGACCAAGCAAAUUACCUUAUGCUUAGCUGCAGCUAACCUGACAAUAACAUAAACUCUCCAAUACAACCAUCUUCGUUUAAAAGAGGGAACAGAAGCAAAGGUUGCUAUUGAAGGCAGAGGUCUGAUGAGCCUGUGGUGUCAUCAUUACACAGGCACUUUACAUUCAACUGUCAGGUUUUGCCAUCUUGGAUUUCAGGUGCUACCCAUCAUUUAGUGUCAGCUAACUUUGCUACCCAAAGGGAGGAGGGAGGGUGUCUUGAAACUUCCAGGUGCAGACUUUGCCAUCAAAGGAAAUUUCAGGCUCAGUCCUCCAUAAAUGAUUUUUGUAAGGCAAUACUGCACCUUUAUUGUGGAGCAAUAACUCCAGCUCAGCUACAGGUACCUGACUUAUCAAAAAGAGACAGGGAUAAAGGGUAAGAAUAGAACAAUGCUAAAUCGACGUGCUUCAGAAAUUUUACUUGCUUUCAAACCUUUUCCUGAUUUUUAACCCCUUCUGUACGGUGAUCCUGACACCAGUGUUAUGGAAGCGCCAGUGGAACAAUGUGGUGACGCCAAUGAUGGUGUCAUACCUCCCCCGUGACUUGCAUGCUACUGCAUUGGUGUGGGAUGGAGCUCACUGUAUAUAUUCAAUCCCUUCCUUAUGAUGACUAAUAGCACCUACCUCUCCCCUGUUGUCUCCCUUCCCUUACACCACCACAUCCUCUUCUCUGUCCUUCCUUCCAUCCCCUCCUCUCUUGCCAAUAAACUGAAAAAACAAAACAGAGUGGCUAUCCCCUCCUACCCUCCUCACUACUCCCCUUACCCCCUACCUUCCCUACCACUCCCCCUACCCCAUCUCUCCUACGUGCUACAUCACUUUCAUGAUAAUUCUUCACUGCUACCGUCCCUAUCCCAGCAAGGGGAAAAAAUUACAGGCAUAUGUUUCUAUAUUAUCACACCUAGUAAUGAAAAAAAAGUCAUGGAAGUUGGACAAUUUAAUGGUGGGUCAGAUGGUAAAGUUUGACAGUUAAAUGGGAAGGUGUCCUCAACUGCAACUGUUUUUUUUUUUUUUUUUUUUUUACAAUGGAUAUGGUUGUAAUGGGGAGAUUGAAUCAUUUUUAAUUUAAUACAUCUAAUCAUAAGGUUAGUUGCCCUGCCAUGAAUGCCAGGGUAAUAAAGACAUAAGUAUUAAUACAGUGUUUGUAUUAUACUUGUAUCAUAAAAACCUUCUAAUCCCUUGUAAACUUGGGUGUAUAAAAAUUUGUUUCUACUGUAUAUAAUAUUUUGGUAUUGUGUGAUUCUUGCAACUUGAUCAUUCAUGUACAAUAUUAUAAUUGAUGUAAUACACUUGUUUGUAUUGUUUAUCCCUCUGGUAAUUUCCAGCAAGGAAAAAUAGUUUGUUAUAUGCAAAGUUAAUAAAGAAUACUUCGAGCAAUA